AUGUCUGCUCAUCCUUUCGACUUCUCGGAAUACUUCACUUCGGCAGAGUUUGCCGCCCUCUCACUGUCGAACGCUGGUAAAAAAGAUCCCCCUGAAGCCCAGGAGAGCCUUUUCAACAAGACAAGAGCAGAUGAUAUGCCCACGGCUAACAGAAGUGACGACGGUUGCGAAAAUACUACCAGGCCUAAACCCAAGAUCUAUUACUAUCUAAGUAAGUGGCGCAUCUCGCAGGAUCGCCUCUGCCUACACUCGGCCUUCUUCAGGAACUACCUUCAGGAUGAACGUCGCAUUGGCGACGAUUGCUACAUCUGCUAUGAGUCACUCUAUCUUCUUGACGAUACUCAGUCCGAUGUUCAGGCCCAAACCGACCUCCAGCCUCGCCUCACUUGCUGUAUCUCCUGCGGUCAGACCUUCCACCUGCGCUGCAUCAAAUACUGGAGAGUCUCUUCAGUCAAUAGCAGGGCUGGGGACAGGUGCCCGUGGUGCCGAAGACACUGGAUUCUCGAACUUUCCUCUCUCUUCCCCACCCUCGCACCCGCAGCUGUCGAGGCCUACAUAGACUGCAUCUUGCACGGUCGCACUGAGAUUCGAAGCCUUCAGAGCACAAUCCUGGUCAAACUCAUACUCUGCUAUCACGUUGGCUUCCACUUUCUGAACCAGGGGUUCUGUCUAAGCGUCAUGAAAGCGAUAUUCGAAUGGUGCAACAAGAUCAGUGACAUACCGCGCGGCCAGGAGAUCAAGAUGAUAUAUGAGAUGACGGGAUGCUACGCACUAAGGGCGAUGGUUGUGGAGAUCUGGGUGCAGUGGAAAAGCCUGGGAUGGGACUGCUUGAAGAAGGAGGCGACCGAAUUGCCGAUCGAGCUGCCAAAUGAGUUCCUGCUCGAUCUUCGUGCUGUCAGGAAUAGGCAUCCGCUGCUUCAGUGGCACCAGAUGCCAGUCACUGGACUGUUGGAGGUGAAGACGAUUGAGCCUGACCUGAUCAGAGCCAUCGACAGGGACUUUGAGAUGGCAACUGCUUCUUCCGGAAAGAGCGAAGGGUCGAACACGCGUUGA